UAUAGAAGCGCCGCGUAACCGCUUAUAUUUGUGAUCCGAAACCUCGGCUCUUUCUGCCUAAUCGGGCCGAACGAAGUGCGGAACUUUCAGACCCCGUCCGCCAGAUUGUGAGUCCUGUCGACCAGGCGCCGCCUUCCCCGGGGCUGCUGAUGUCCGCAACACUCAUCACGCCACCGUCUGCGCUUUCCACCGAUCCGGAGACGGGCCAAGCUGUGACCUGCCCACCGGCGUUCUCAGAGAGGGCUGCUCAGGGCGUGAUCACGAGUUCUACGAAACCGCCGUGCUCCCCGAGCCGCAAGUCGUCGCUCGAGUCGGAGCCAUUCUCCGAUGAGCUGGGUCAGCUGCGCAGCCGGCUUCGACCGCACAGGUCGUCGGUGAGCACCGGCGCCCUGAAAAGAAACAUAAAAAAGACUAGGAAGCGGACGUCCAUUAUGGAAGGUGGCAAGAUCGUGAUGCCCGGAGCAUCUUCUCCCCCGCCCAAAGCCACCGCGAGUAACUCGGACGACAUGGGCAGCUUCCUAUAUGGAACAAGACGUCCGGUACGAGAAUACAUCGGCUUUAAAUACCAGAAGCAACAAACGAUUCACCGGCAGCUAGCCGUGACAACAAUCAUCGCCUGCACGCUCAGCUCGGCUAUGAGCCUGAGCCGAAACCGUGCCAACGUGUACUUCCUCGACUACUUCCGCGACAGGUUCAACGCCGAGGUCACGAGCAACUUGGUCUGGGUGGCCAUGGUCCUGCCGAUGGAAUGCGUCACGCUGAUGGUGGCGUGGCUACACGUUCGGGCCUUCGUCCUGCGGCAGUUGUGA